AGAGGCGGGGGCCGGACAACGCUCGGAGGAGGGGACGGCGGCGGCGGCUGCAGCUGCAGCUGCGGGACCUGUACUGAAGGAUCGGACUGAGCUCAGCUCUAGGUGAGAAGGAGCUGUUCCCUCCCGAUUCUUCCGCUCCCCUCCUACACCAGACCCCCGCCUUGGAGAGGAGCCUGCGCCGCCCCAACACAAGCUCGGAACUCCUCGCAGCAGGCAACCAGGCAGCCAGGCAAGCAGGCACCGAGCUAAUCGCGGCGGGUCGUGGCGGCUGCGGGCUUUGGCGAGAGAAGGCUUCAGCUUCAGAGCCUAGGGGGAGGGUUUGGGCAGCGCCGAGGGAAGCCCCGCGCCCUACCCUCCCUGGAGAGCUGCAGUUACCCGGAGGAUCGGGGACUCAGAUUACUUUCCCCUGGGCUGGAAGGAAGUGAUCUCGGAUAAAAUAUCACUCAGUUCUGAGGAAGCAAUUGCUCCCCCUGGCAGUGGAGAUGGUGACUAGACCAAUGGUGAAAGUCAUGAAGAUGCCCCAUGUUGAUUAAAGGGGCCACUCAGCCUGGGGACAAAGUGGAGGAUAUGGUGUGGAUCUGGGUCCUCUUGUUUAUAAUUCCAGCUUUAGCCCUUGAAGAGGUAUUGCUGGACACUACAGGAGAGACAUCUGAAAUAGGCUGGCUCACCUACCCACCAGGAGGGUGGGAUGAGGUCAGUGUCCUGGAUAAUCAGCAGCGUCUGACUAGAACAUUUGAGGCAUGCCAUGUAGCAGAGGGCUUAGGUCUUGGACAGGACAACUGGCUACAAACCCAUUUUGUGGAUCGGCAAGGAGCUCAUCGGGCACAUAUCCGACUCCACUUCUCUGUGAGGGCAUGUACCAGCCUGGGAGUGGGUGGGGGGAUGUGCCGAGAGACCUUUACCCUCUACUACCGCCAGGCUGAGGAACCAGAUGACCCCAGCCAUGCAUCAGCCUGGCAUCUUGGGCCCUGGAUCAAGGUGGACACGAUUGCUGCAGAUGAAAGCUUCCCUGCUUCUGCCUCUUCCUCUUCUUGGUCAGGAGGAGCUGGGCUUCAGCUCAAUGUUAAGGAGAGGAGCUUUGGGCCAUUAACCCAGCGAGGCUUCUAUGUGGCCUUCCAGGAUACAGGAGCAUGUCUUGCCCUUGUAGUUGUGAAGAUAUUUGCCUAUUCCUGCCCUGCUGUACUUCAGGCCUUUGCUUCUUUUCCUGAGACGCAAGCCAGUGGGGCAGGGGGAGCUUCCUUGGUGGAGGCAGUGGGUACUUGUGUGGCACAGGCAGAGCCAGAGGAUGAUGGAGUAGGUAGCAACCUUCCAAGGCUUCACUGUAAUGGUGAAGGCGAGUGGAUGGUAGCUGUGGGAAGCUGUCACUGUCGCCCUGGGUACCAACCUGCACAUGGCGACAGAGCCUGCCAAGCCUGCCCCAGGGGAUCCUUUAAGGCUUUGGCUGGGGGUGCCUCCUGUAUACCCUGCCCUUCCCGAAGCCACUCUGCCAUGCCUGGUGCAUCUAUGUGCCCCUGUCUCAGUGGCUUCUACCGGUCCAGCUCUGAUGCCCCUGAAGCUCCCUGCACUGGGCCUCCAUCAGCACCCCGAGACCUUUGGUUUGAGGUACAGGGCUCAUCCUUGAUGCUGUAUUGGCGACUGCCCCAAGACUUGGGUGGUCGAGGGGAUGUGCGAUUUAACAUCGUGUGCAAGCAGUGCGGAGAGGAACAUAGUCCUGAGAGUGGAGCUUGUCACCACUGUGGAGAUGAGGUGUACUUUGAUCCUCGACAGCAAGGCCUUACUGAAAGCCGAGUGCUGGUUGGAGGGCUACGAGCCCAUGUGCCCUACAUCCUGGAGGUGCAGUCUCUUAAUGGAGUAUCUGAGUUCAGCUUUGAACCGCCAAAGACCACAGCCAUCAAUGUCAGCAUCAUCCAUGAAGUCCCCCCGGCAGUUCCUCUGCUGCACCAGGUGAGCCGGGCAUCUGACAGCAUCACUGUGUCCUGGCCACAGCCUGAUCAACGGCAUGGACGUGUCCUGGAUUAUCAGCUCCGGUACUAUGACCAGGCAGAUGAGGCCCACUUCUCCAUACUGACCAGUGAGACCAACACAGCUACUGUAUCCCAACUGAGCCCUGGCCAUAUCUACGGCUUCCAGGUUCGGGCACGGAGUGCAGCAGGUCAUGGCCCCUAUGGGGGCAAGGUCUAUUUCCAAACUCUCCCACAAGGUGAGUUGUCCCGGCUGAUACCAGAGAGGCUCCCAUUGGUGGUUGGUUCUGCCCUGGGUGCUCUGGCCUUCCUCGUGUUAGCAGUCAUUACCAUCUUUGCCUUCAUCUUCCAGAGGAAGCGUCAACGGACAGGCUACACGGAACCACUGCAGCAGUACGCCAGCCCCAGUGGCCUUGGAGUGAAGUACUACAUUGAUCCAUCUACAUAUGAAGAUCCUAGCCAAGCCAUCAGGGAGUUCACCAGGGAGGUGGAUCCAGCAUAUGUCAAGAUCGAAGAGGUUAUUGGACCAGGCUCCUUUGGUGAGGUAUGCAGAGGCUGGCUGCAGCCUCGAGGACGUCGAGAACAAGCUGUAGCCAUUCGAACUCUAUGGGCCAGUGGAGUAGAAAGCCAACGUGAUGCCUUCCUAGGCCGGGCUGCAGUACUGGGUCAGUUUCAUCAUCCUAAUGUUCUUCGGCUUGAGGGUGUGGUUACCAAGAGUCAACCCCUCAUGGUGCUAACUGAGCUCAUGGAGAAUGGCCCACUGGACAGCUUUCUCAGGCAACAAGAGGGCCAGUUCAGUAACCUGCAACUUGUGGCUAUGCAGCGGGGUGUGGCAGCAGCCAUGCAGUACCUAUCCAGUUGUGGCUUUGUACACAGGGCUCUGACAGCCCAUAGUGUACUGGUCAAUGGCCACCUGGUGUGCAAAGUGGCCCACCUUAGCCAUGGCCACAGCUACCUGAGUCACAACAGCCAGGGUUUACAGCCUCCACUCCGAUGGUCAGCUCCUGAGGUCCUAACUCAUGGAAAAUUCACAACAGCCAGUGAUAUCUGGAGCUUUGGGAUUCUAAUGUGGGAAGUAAUGAGUUAUGGGGAACGCCCAUACUGGGACAUGAGUGACCAAGAGGUGGUACAUGCUAUAGAACAGGAGUUCCGUCUUCCUCCACCUCCAGGAUGCCCCAAUGGGCUGCACCUACUGAUGCUAGACACUUGGCAACAGGAUUCUGCCCAGCGGCCUCACUUUGACCAGCUGGUAGCUGCCUUGGACAAGAUGAUCCGCAAACCCGAGAUGCUACAAGCUGGAGGAGUCCAUAGGGGAAGACAAUCCCAGAGCCUAUUGAGUCCUGUGACCUUGGACUUCUCCUCACUGGAAACACCUCAGGCCUGGUUGACUGCAAUCGGGAUGGAGUGCUAUCAGGACAGCUUCUCCAAAGUUGGGCUCUGUAGCUUCAAUGAGGUGGCUCAGCUCAGCCUUGAGUAAGCGGCUUAACAGGGAAUGUUGUCAUUGAGAAGAGGUUGGGGGAAGAAAAAGUCCAAGUGUCAGGACCACAUAUCUCUCAUUCAAAAGGGCACCUGGUCUUCUCCCUCCUGCAGAAUCCCCAUGUUCCCAGGGAGAAACAACAGAAUUAGGUAUCAAAGCUCAAGGGAGGCAGAUAGAGAGGAUAUGUGUCCCAUCAUCCCCAUUCCUCCUUUUCCCAGGGAUAUGCCUGCCUUGGGCAUCACUCUGGCUGGACACCAGAAGAAACUUCUCCACAACAUCCAUCUGCUCCAACAACACCUAAGCCAGCCAAGCCCAGUGGAGGUCUGAACCCUUGACAGAAUAUAGAUGUGGUCACACAGCCUCAAAAGGACCACAGAUGGGGUGAACCUUGGUUUCAGAUGGAAGAAUCGGCCCUUCCUCAUUGCCCACCCAUGACUCAUUCUUUGGAUUGUUCCCUCCAAAAUGGUUCUUCCCCUGCCAUAUUAAAAGGGAAAAAUGGGA